UUUUGCAAGAAUGUCAGCCAAAUCAUCAGAUCGGCUUUAUAGAUAAUUUUCAUUUAUAUUAAUUUCUAAGAGGUGAUUUUCUAUUUCAAAACAGUGAAAAUAGUUUGUGCAGUGCAAUGGAUCGAUUUAUCAGCAUGUGGAAGGUGCGGGAGCUCGCCGACAAAGUCACCAAUGUAGUGAUGAACUACACGGAGGUGGAGGGCAAAGUCCGCGAGGCGACCUCGGACGAGGCCUGGGGACCCACCGGCCAACAGAUGCAGGAGCUCGCCCUGUCCACCUUCACGUACGAACACUUCCCGGAGGUGAUGUCGAUGCUGUGGAGACGGAUGCUCCACGAUAACAGGGCACAUUGGCGGAGGACUUAUAAGUGCCUACUCCUCCUGUCAUACCUGGUGAGGAACGGAUCGGAGCGUGUGGUGACGUCGGCCAGGGAACACAUAUACGACCUACGCUCGCUGGAGAACUACACCUUUGUCGAUGAUCUCGGCAAGGAUCAGGGUAUAAACGUCAGACACAAGGUCCGUGAACUGAUCGACUUCAUACAGGAUGACGAGCGGCUCAGAGAGGAGAGGAAGAAGGCUAAGAAGAACAAGGACAAGUAUAUAGGCAUGUCGUCCGAGGCGAUGGGCGGUAUGGGCGGUAUGGGUGGUAUGGGCGGAAUGGGCGGUAUGGGCGGGCGCGGCGCCAGCUGGGGCAGCUACAGCGAUCGCGGGAGUAACUGGGAGGACACAAAGGAAAGAAACGAUGAAGAUGACUACGAGAGAGAGGACUCAGACGGUGAAUACGGACACAGAAAGCCCAACAAGGAGAACGUAUACCGCGACGCCGAAGUGAUUGAGGACAGCCCCCGCCCCGCCGCGACCCCCGCAGCCCCCGCGCCCGCCCGCGACCCGCGCGCGAUAGACGUGCGUCUGAAAGACACGCCCCGCAACAAACCCGCCACGCCCGUCAAGAGGAUCGACCUGGGUGCAGCGGCUACUUACGGCAAAUCCCAGACCACUCAGCCCACACCGGCGGCCACAGACAACAACUCGCAAGAACUACUCGAUGACCUCUUCAAGACGUGCGCCGCUACGCCGGGUGGGGUGACGGAGGAUGAUUUUGAUCCUAGAGCCGAAGAAAAGUCCACGCGUCUGGACGGUGACUUCGGUGAUUUCACCGCCGCGGGCGCCGCCCCCACGCCCGCAGGGGGCGCAGCCUCCUUGGGCGAGGCACCCAAAGUGAAUGACGACUUCGCCGACUUCAGUGCUGCGUUUAGUGCACCAUCACAACCGACAUCAAAUAUCGACCUGUUGAGUGAUCUCAGUCCAACGUCUAUAGCCCCAAUGGCACAGCCCAUGGGCCUGUCCAUGGGGCUGAAUAUCAACAUGAGUGCCCCAAUGAGUGCCCCAUUGAAUAUGGGAGUGCCCCCGAUGAUGGCCAACCCCAUGAGCAACAGUUUCGAGUUGGACUCGCUUUCAAAUCAACUGUCAGCGACAACGCUUCAGCCUAUGACUGAUGACGAACAUUCAAGCCACCAACUGCGUCUGAUGGAAGCGAUGAUAAACGCCACAGACCUGCUAUGUGCCAUCAAAGAGAUACGAAACGAAAACGACGUUCGGAAUAUCAAGAAAUCCAUGGACAGAGUGAUAUAUUAUAUGCCCGGAACGAUGACAGUGCAGAAAUUGAUGAAAACGGACGAGCUAGUGAUAACCGGAGACUUGGUGGAAGUGUUUGGUCAGCUGCUCGGUGCUAUAGUGAAAGUUGUGGUACCGGAGUGGCCUGCUUUGAAGGAGUAUGUGGUUCCCAUGUUUACUGUGGAAGAAAAUUUCGAUGCAAGUCAGGAGAUAUUGACUAAUCUGUGCGGGUUUUUGAAGGAGGAGCAAAGGUUUCAUGUUUUGGAAGCGAUGGCCAGUUUGAUCGUCAAAUAUAUGAAGAGUGAUGCGAUUUUUUCAGCGAUUCUAGACUGUAGCAGUCGAUUGGAGAGAAAAGAUCAGGUUAUGUGCGAGUGGGAGCAUUAUGUUCAGCUAUUAGUGACUUUGCCGGAAAGAGUAUCAAAUAAAUUGGAAACUAAAACCCCAGUAGAAUACUCGCACGAAAAUUUCUCGUAUCUAUUAACAUUCCAGAUAUUGAGAGCGAUAGAUUAUAUAGCGGAGAGCAGCUUUCACUUGGGCGAAAGAUAUAAUCUGAUAUAUCUAUCGCAUUUGGUGACGAAAUACAUAACUAAUUUCUGCAUCGCCGGGAAUUUAGACGUUAUGUAUAAGUUCACAGAUGUUAUUAUUGCAUGGGCAGAUCUCGACGAGACUUGCAAAUACGUUAGACGAAAAUUGAUACAGUCUUUGAUGUUUCAUCUGAAUAGACAAGCUAUAGACAAAUUCGCUAUCCUACUCCUCAAAAGGUGUCCCAUAGAGAACAAUAUACAAGUCCAAGCUAUAAAAUACAUACUAAUAAAUUGGAUAGAUUGUCACAAGGAAUGGAAUGAAAUAUUAACAGAAAAGCUACCGUUUACGUGCCAAUUCCAAGACUACAAAGAUACCAGAGUAGUUGAGAAUUUGGUGUACUAUUUGUCGACGAGUAAGAACUCCAUGGAGAUUUUGACUCAGUUGAUACUGAAACUCUGCAAUGUUUGGGCGAAUGUCACUCCAAGCACGGCGAAUAAUAUGAUGCAGCAUAUGUAUAUAGCGUUGCUGCUAGUCCUGACUGUGAAAUACAGAAUAAUCCUCUGGAAGCAUAGAAAAGACAACUGGAAUUUGAUGGAUAUCAAGAAAAUACUGUUUCGAGGGAUGUCUAGACAUUUGGACAAUCUGUCCAAAGAAAUCAGAUGCAUCGGCAUGGCCACGGUAGAAGUUCUGUUUAGAUUACUUGCAGAAGUCGAUGAUUCUGAUAAAAAAGCAGUCAGAACACUCAAAUUCGAUUUUGAUGAUAUGGGACAAGAGUAUGUAGAAAUUGCUAGAACGAUAAGAAUUCUACCAACAAAAUGUCUGCUGGAUAAGAUAUUCAAAAAGUCUAAAGUUAAACCGAAUACUAAAUCGAGUAUUGAUGUGAACGCAGUUCUUGAUGAUAUAGCUAAUAGAAUAGCUGGUCUGCCCGAAAGAGAAGAGAAAGUAUGUAACACAAUAAUGACUUGUGCUAUCAAAAGACCUGAGCAGACUAAAAAUAUAGUAAAAACGAUCAUAGCGGCGAAACUAGAUGCGCUAGAAAAGAGUGGGGAGACAGAUUUAGAUUCGGACGACGAACUACAACCGUAUGAUAUGAGUAACGACGUCAAAGUUACUGAGAAAAAGAAACCGGCAUAUCUUAGAGACGUCAUAACUAUACUCACUGAAGCAAAGGACCAGGAACUAUUUCAAUUGGCUUUGGAGGUUGCGGAAGAAUUGGUAUUGAAACAACUUAAGAGUGAUAAGAAAUUGGCAAUUGGGCUUCUAGAUCUCUUCGUGCAUUUGGAGGAAAAGUUCCAUGUGGAUAACUUCGAUGAGAUCAGAUUCAAUGCGGCAGUAACCACAGUUUGCGUUCAACCGGCCGUGUGCGCGGAGCAUCUGUGCAGAGAAAUACACGUCGACAUAGGCAGAUACUCAAUAUUGACUAAAAUAUUCAUGCUCGACAUACUAUCUGAGGCAGUAAACAAAAUAGCCGAUGUUCGCCAAACGGAGCAGCCGAAGAAUGAAAUAUCAACGCAGGAAGUGGAAUUGAACGCAGACGAGGUUAUACGAAGGAGACUAGUGAAUAAGACGAAAUAUUUCCAUUCCAAAAGACCCCAUCCGUUCGCGAGGGCGAAAAGGAACCAAUUCGCAGCGGUGUCCGACUACUUUUUCUUUCCCCUAGUCAGUGGGUUCGGCACCAAGCAACUGACUCUCAGCCAUCACAACACAAAGCAGGAUGUAGACAAAGUUCUGCUCCUCCGCUACUUGUCCGUGGUGGGAAACAUCAUCCUCGUCUCGAAGAAUUGCCCGAAAUGCCCCAAAUACUGUCGUGAGAUCGUUCCAAUGGUGUUGUACUUGCGAUUUUCUCCCGAGCCAAAGGUUCAGAUGUGUGUUAUCUCGCUCAUUGCGUCUAUGGUGCUCGCUUUACCGCCGUCGCUUCUAAAGGGGGAAUUCUUCGAAGCGAUGCUGGAAUUCCGCGGCUGGCUGAUGGAAUGCUUGGCCCAAAUGGAUGUGACCAUGAGGUUCGGUGGCGCCACGACGGAGACGGCGGCUUUCGCUAGCCAAGUGCUGCAUUGGAUUGAGACGAAUUUGGCUGAAUAAGUUGACGUUUUUGAGCACUAUCGCGCUAGUACUGGUCUCUUUCCUUCUCCGUAUGUAUAAAAGAGAUGUCACGAUGUUUAAACAGCAGUCUUACCCUGAAACUGAUACGAUUUAAUUUUAGAGUCUGAUUAGUUCUCAAUUGAGCCGCAUCACGAUCGUGCGCAAGUAUAGCGGUCAAGAGUGGGAAAAGCCGUUGAGAUAGAAUUAGUUCCAAAUUGAGCCGCAGCCCGCAACACGAUAAUGCGCUUGUAUAUUAUAUGUCGGAAGUAUCAAAAGCUGUUGAAAUCGAGCUGAUUCGAUUCUCGAUUCAGUUCUGAUUCUGUCGGGAAUAAGGCAACAGGACUAGCAAUCCACACUGGUGCAAGUGCUUUGUAAGUGUUAUGAAGACUGUAUUACUUAAGUUUUUUGCCAAUCAAUGUGCUGAAAUUAUAAAAGUUCUUGCUAAUUAAUAAAUGUAAGACGAAUCUCGAUUUAAGCAAAGACACUUAAAUCUUGUUGAUUUUGAUGCUGCACCAUUUUUAGGUUUUGAGAAUGUCAUGUCUAAAAUGACAUGUCUUUUUAAACUGUUUAUAAGCAGCUUUAUAUUUUUUAAUUAGCUAUAACCAUAAAGUUAAUAUACCUA